GGAGUUUUGUUGACUUCCGUUGUACUGAGUAAGAAAGUGAUGCACACUCCCGCUUACUAAAAUAAAACAAUACAAAUUACAAAGUUUAUUUGUGCAGCAGUGGGCUUUGGUAAGCAGCAGGAAUAAAAGAGCUCUGAUGGAAACAGCACAAAGUUUCAUGUCAGCUUUUUGAUAGAUAAUUCAGAUGUCUGUUGACUCUGUUCCUGAUGCCAAGGCAGGACCAAUGUUGAAGCAAGCCUGUACCUCAGGAAAACAGCUUCUGUCCAGGUUUCAUGGCUGUCUAGUGGGUGCUGUUCUUGGAGACUGUCUUGGAAGUCCUUUUGAAGGCUCAGACUGUGUUACUUAUGAUGAAGUGGAAAGAAUUAGUCUUAACAUGGGUAAGAGUACCAGGUCUUCAAGGCACAGGUUCACUGAUGACACAGCCAUGACCAGAUCCUUAGCUGCAUCACUUAUAGAACACAAUGGAUUCAAUGCUAAGGACAUGGCAACAAGGUUUACAGAUGAGUUCUUCAGAGAUUCUGCCAGAGGCUAUGGUUAUAAUGUCACCACAGUGUUUCAAGCCUGGAAAGAUGAAACAUAUGAUGACGUAUUCCAACCAGCCAGGGAGCAGUUUCAGGGGUCAGGAUCAUAUGGAAAUGGAGGAGCUAUGAGAAUUGCUCCUGUACCUUUGUUUGGGUAUAACUUUACUGAAGCAAAACUGCAGGAGCUUGCAGAACAAACCACCCUUCUCACUCACACACACCCUGAUGCUCUCAGUGGUGCCAUCUUACAGUCUUUUGCCAUUCACCAAGCUCUGCAUGAAACCUCAGAAGUGUUGGACACACAAAAGUUCUUGGAUGGGUUGAUAGAAAAAAUGAAUAAAGUAGAAGAUAAUUCUGAAGGUGUUUCAAGGAGACCAAAAAGACCAUCUGAGGAGGAACCACAUCCAUACUGUUUUAAACUAGAAAAAAUCAAAGAAUUCCUGACGAAAGAUGAAGCAGAUACAAGAGAUGUUGUUUAUGAAUUAGGUACAGAUGUAUCAGCUCUGGGAUCAGUUCCAACUGCUGUGUUUGCUUUCCUUUGGUGCCACAAAGAAAGAAAAGGAUUGGAGAAAUGGAGCCCUUUUGAGCAGACCAUUAUUCACAGUAUUUCCCUAGGGGGAGACACUGACACAAUUGCCAGUAUGGCUGGCGCUAUAGCUGGAGCAUAUUAUGGGAUAGAGGCAAUCCCCUGGGAAUGGCAGAGUCAAUGUGAAGGAGUCGCUGAUGCUAAGAAAUAUGCAGAAGACAUUUUAAAAAUUGUCCAGUCUAAUGUCACAGCAGAAGUGUGAUUUCCAUAAUACUCAUGUAAGGUAUAAAGAUUAAUAAUUAUUUACACAUAAAGGUAUUUAUAUUUUCUGAAAAUGAAAAAAAAAGUUUUUUGAAAAGAUUUGUUUAAUGGGAUUUGCAUAAAAAGGUUUUUGUUCAAAUAUACUCGACAUACUUAGAUUAUAAUUCACAGUUU